UCUCUCCCUACGGCCAGCGUAGGGAGCGGGAAUGUUUCUAGGAGCCAAAAAGAACACUCCUGGAAUUCGUCCACAGGCCCGCAGUUCUAGGCCCAACUGUGGUUGUAAAACUGAUGGCCCAGCAGCCAUGACUUCACCGGAGCCCCCCCAACGCCGCCUCCAACUGCAUGGACCAGUGAAGCUGACCAGUAAUAACCAGGUCAAGAAGCGUCAUGCCUUUCUGUACAGUGAUGUGCUGCUCAUUACAAACAAGUAGGUACAAAAAGCAGUUCAAAAUCAAACUCCGGGUUCCAAUAAACAACAUAUGGCUUGCUAAAAAUACUGUGGAGCAUGGUGACAGUUCUGAAUUAAAAUCACUGAAGUUGGGAUGGCCUUUGCAAAAUUUUACUGCUAAGUUCUCGUCUGUGGAACUGAAGGAUAAAUGGCAUCGCUUUCUGGAAAGAUCAAUCACCCAAAGCCAGAAGAUGGAUGGAUUGCAGAAUACUCUGGUUAAAAUCACUACCAGUAAUAUUAAUAAUUCUUCCAGUUCUGCCAUUUUAGCAGCUCACAAUUUAGACACCAUCAGGGAUGUUAUCAACAUGGCAUUGCCAGGGCUAGGAUUAACUGGCUCAGAAAGAGAUUACCAGCUGUGGGUCCAUUAUGGCAAGACCGAGGCUCCAUUCCCACUCAUGGGCCAUGAAAAUCCGUACACAAUUCAGGAGCACUAUUAUCGAACUUCCAUCAGUCAGUCCGCACCAGGGAAGCCCACCUCUCCCCAUAUCCUUCUGGAGUCCAUCCCAGAGAUCUUAGCUGAUGGAAAACUGCAGUUUAUCCUGACAUGCCGGGGCAAGCCAAGACCCCAGCGUAGAGGUGCAUUUUUCAGAAAUUAUUUGUCUUGCCUGGGUGCUACAGCAAGCCAGGAUGGCCUGUCUCUGGACACUGAUGCUACUGCACAGCUGGUUAGGCUUCAAAUGAAUGAUCUUACAGCAGUCAUUUUGGAGAUGCUUCACUUUUUAAGGCAAAAUGGGCCAUCGACAAAGGGUAUUUUUCAAAACAUUGACAACAUAAAAUCAUUUCUGUGUCUCAAGGAAAGAAUUAUGUUUGGACAUACAUUAAAUUGGGAGAAUGAGUCUCCACUUGUCGUGGCAGCCGCAUCAAAGGAUUGUCUUCGGAUCAUACCUGGAACUCUUUUUACAAUGGAACUCUACGAUAGUUGGCUUGGUGUCCUUGAUGAGGAUGAAGUGGAAAUCGCAGAAAUCAGAAGGCUCUUAGAACACCUGCCCGCAUGCAAUGUGGACAUCCUGAGGCAGUUAUGUCUGUGCUUGCAUGAGAUAUCCAACUAUGCCUCCUUCAACCUGAUGAGCGCACCCAAGCUAGCUUUUUACAUCACAACAAGUGUGUUUUCACUGUGGAAAUGUACAUCGCAGAUCGCUUCAUUGGAAAAUGAAAUAGUUAAACAGAUGUCUAUCAUAGAGAUUUUAUUGAAAACUACCCACAGAUCUUUGAACACCACAAUGAGUCUUUACUUAGUAAGAGAUGCAGAGAUUCCAGCACCAGCAGUGGAAACAGCACUGAACAUGAAAUCGUCAUGUGGAAUCCAGAAAAUGGCACAGAACACCUGCCAAGACAUCGAGCCUGAUUCUCUAGAGGUUGAACCACCGAAAGGUAUGGAAAAAGAGCUCAAAGAGGAGCUCAUUACCAGCCAUAAGGCUUCUGCACCCUGUGCUCCUGAGUUGGAGCAGGAUGCCCAGGGCAUG